AGUUGAGGCGGGGACUCGAGGAACGCCAUUGGCUGGAAGUUUUGGCCUCAGGUGGCCGUGCAACGGUUGGGACCUGAGAGCCCGAAGCUGCUUCCGUCUCCCGGCAUGGAGCGAGGAGGGAGGCCGAGCGAGGAAGAAGAGAAGGAGGGCGAAGGCAGCCGCCCUCCGGAGGAAGAAGAGAUGAUUGAAUUUACAAAAAUAAAUCUUAUGCAAAGUGAAAAGCCGGAAUAUCAAGAAGAAUUGAAAAAGGUUGACAGAAAUAAUAUUCAUAGGCUACAGCAUUUGAAAGAUGAACUGGAAGGGUGUCGAAGACAAGAGAUUUCCAAACUGGAGGAGACUUAUUUAAAAGAAGUGAAUACAAAAUAUAAAACUGAUCUUGAAAAAGAUCUAACUACUGCUGAUCCUGAGGUAGAUGUUGAGAAAGUACGUUCUGUAAUUAUUAAUUUAAGAGAUAAACUGCAGGUACCCUGGUGCAAGGAGCUUGAAAACUGUUCAGAGGACUUCUUGAGGGAAUCCUACAAAAUUGAAUUAAAGUAUAGACCUCUGCUAGAAGAAAUUGUUCUGCAACUUACGAAUGCAGAAGAAUUUGAUGGAAAGGCAAAAGAAUCUAAAAAUGAAAAAGAAUGCUUACAUGAAAUUGAAAAACUUAACUCUUUUGUUCAGGAAUUAAGUGAGAAAUUGCUGCUUGAGGCAGAAAAAAACAAAGUUUCAAGUUGUAAAUAUGAUAAAGCAAUAUCUGCCUAUAACACGAAACUGAAGGAUUUAGAAGAAGAAGAGACAUUGUUACAGCAGGAGUCAGAGAGACAGAAGAUAAAACUUGAAAAGAUGCUGAAUGGGCUGUGCCAGCGUAAAGAUGAAUUAGUUGAUCCAAAUGUAGAGUUUUCACAUACUUUCAGAGUGAGCACAUUGGUAAAUAUGUCAGAUGAUGUCCAGAAAAAUUUAAAGGAACUCAUUCUGCAAAAUGAUUCUAUAAACUUGAAAUCUGAUAAUUAUUUGAAAGAUAAUGUGUCACAAUCGGAAUUAAGAGCUGUUGAAGAUACAAAAAAGUUAGACAGCAAUUUUGCGAGGAUAGCACGAACAGCGAUAUUUAACAAUUCUGUACAUUUGGACCAUAGAAAUGCUUCAUUGAAUGUCUCUCACUUUAAGGACAUUUUAGGUACUGACAGUGACAAAAUAAUGUGCUUUGGUGAGCAAAUAUCUUUCGAUGUGUUACCAGAGACUUCCGGUGAAACAGACCUCAAUUCAAAAUCCAGCACAUUUUUGGCAUACUGUUGUUUAUCACAGAAUGAAAGAGAAGAAUAUAAAGAUGCCGGUGCUGGUGAGGUUGACAUCUUGAAGAGAGAUACUGAUUUAAUGAAUCAAAUAAAUGUACUUGAUGAAGAAUAUCAAGGAAUCCAAGAGAACAUGACAGCUGAAAUUGUUUAUGUAAAUGACCAAGAAUCUUCUGUUGUUUAUGAAGAGUGUGUCAGCCAAAGAAUGGAAGAGUUGGAACCUAAAAGUAAGCAUGGAAAGAAAAGUGAUCCGGAACCUUAUGUUGAAGAAUACAAGAACACAAUGAAGGAUUCAAUAUCUCUUAUCUGGGAAGCAAUGGUCCAGGACCUCCAGCAAGAAAAGGAAACUUUAAUGAUACAGUUGAAAAUGCAAGAGCAAUUGGUAAAAGAUGUUCAGGAGCAAAAAAUGGCAUCUGACUCUGUCACCAGUGAAGUUCAGUCUCUGUUUGGACAACAGCUGGCUAUUUUGCAGAAUCAAAGGGAUCAAAUGGAAGCUCACAUUAAUAGCCAGGAGGCCAGGAACAAGAUGCUUUCUGAACUACUUGGUAAAAAAGCCGUGUUGGAAGAAUUAUUACUAAAAGAACAGGAAGACUUCAUAAUAGAAAUAAAUAACAAAGAACAAUGCUUAUCAUAUUUGCGUAAGGAAAAAUCAGCAUUAGAAGAAAAAGUGAGAACACUUGAUCAGAGUUUAAUGUCGUCAGAAAAAGCUUUGGAAGAAAAUCUUAGUAAAAUAAUGAUUCUUGAACAAACAGUUGAUGAACUGAGUGUAAAAAUUGAAAUCAUUCAAGAAUCACACGAGUUGGAAAGAUUGGAGUUUGAAGUGAAACUGCAAGAUAAUAAUUCAGAAAUAGAGAAGCUUUCCACUGAAAUAAUCCUAAAAGAAAAGGAAUAUAUUGUAAAGGAAAAUGAGCUGAGGGAAGAAAUGGCUCAUUUAAAAAAUAUGCAGUCAAAAGUUGAAACCUGCCUAGAGGAGACCCAGCAGAAAUCAGUACAGAAAAUAGAAGAAAUAGAGUCAGAGAUGGGAAGACUUCACAAGGAAGAAAUUAAUAACAUCCAUUCACAGUAUCAGUCUGAGCUUACAAAUCUGAAAUUGCAGCACCAGAAGACAAUUGAAGAAUUAAACAGUCAAAUCAAGGAGAGAACAGAACAACAGCAACAACUAGAAGCAGUUAGAAAAGAACAGAUUGGAAUAAUAAAAAAGGUUCAUGAACGAGAACAUGAUCGUGAAAUAGGUGAACUAAUAGUUCAGCAUGAGGAUGAAAUGAAAGAGAUGCAGACUGAAUUAAUGAAGGAGCAACAGCAAAAGUUAGACGAGUUGCAGCAACACAUGGAAACUACACAUCAAGAAGAAAUGCAACAAACAGAGAUCCUACAUAAUCUUAAACUGGAAUCUUUAAGACUAAGUGCAAAUAAUAUACACACAUCACAGCUGGAGCUGAUGCAGAGUAAUCUGAGAAAAGAGAAGGAAACUGCCCUAAUGGAACUGCGUGAGAUGCUCAAAGAUAGGCAUGCUCAAGAGCUAGCGGUUCUGCAAGGUCAAUACCAUUUUGAAGUGGAGCGUAUAAAGGAACAGAAUUGCAAGGAGAAAGAAGAGAUGGCUUUAAAGCAUCAGCACGACUUGGAUAAUGAGAGGAAGGAAAUAACUUUGAAAAUGGAGGAAAAAUAUGUCCAGAUGUUGGAGAAUCUUAAAAAAGAAUGUGCAUUGAAGGCAGACAUCGCUUUAAAAGACAUGUCUGAAGCGUUAUUGGCCAAACAUGAGAUGGAAUUAAGUGAGAUGAAAAGAACACUGGAAAUGGAAAUGGAAAAACUAAGAGGAGACUUGGAGACACUUUCUCUUCAAAAAGAACAGGGUGAAAUGGAGCAUAAAAAGUUGGAAAACCAGUACCACCUGGCCAUGAAAAAACUGCAGAUUGAACAUGAGCAAGAGGUGAAAGAGAUGGCAGAGCAGAAUAAGAAGCAAGAAAGAGAAUUGCAACUGGAGGUACAGAAACUACAGGCAGAAUCAGAGCAAGAAAUUAAACAGCUUUGGUCCCAACUGGAUAGUGCACGGGCGAGUCGACAAGAAUUAAGUGAAUUGAAAGAGCAACUGCUUGCUCGUACAUCACAAAUGGAAGAAAUAGAGUGCCUGAAAAAGGAUUUUCAGCUUAAGUGGGAUAAAAAAAGAAGUGAACAUGAAAUCGAACUGGAACAAUUAAGAGUUUAUUUUGAACAGAAAUUAAAGUCUGUGGAAGAAAAUUACAGAGAAGAAUUAACAAUGCUGCAUCAGAGGAUGGAGGAAGCGAAGGAUUACUCCCUGUUGGAGAUAGAAAACAGCCAAGAACCACAUGUGGAGUAUGGCCCAUCCACCACACUUUUAGAAGAAAUGACUGAAAAAGAGAGGCGGGAUAUAUUUGAUCAGCUAACACAGCAACUGGAACACCACAAGGAAGAACUCCAUAGUUUACAGCUUCAUUUGGAUAAAAAACACAGAAAGGAGCUUGAAUUGUUAAGGUCUUCUCUCUCACUUGAGCAUCAAGAGAACUUGAUGAAAGUGAAGAUGGAUCUGUCGGAUAGAUACAUUUCUGAAAUCGAGCAGUUGAAAAGAAAACACUGUUUAGGUCUUGAACAGCUCCGUGCCAAAAUUUCAGAAGAACACCUCCGAGAAAUUGCUAAACUUCGUCUGCAGUGUGCUCAGGACGCUGCACGGCAAGUUGAAGCAGAAGUAGCUGAACGUCUCUUCCAGUUGGAAAAUGAAUAUAAAGCUAAACUUAGCGAUCUUCAAACCCAGAUGCGGUCUGUUUCUAUUCAGCAAGAGGAAAUAGAGAAGCUGAGGAAAGAAAACAUUGAAUUAAAGGAAAGGAAUGUAUUGCAAGAAAUGCAUUUGAAGGAAGAGUUUGAACAGAUCAAAAUUAAACUCAAUGGAGAUCAUACAGCUGAGCUAAGAAGAAAUAAAGAAAAGAUCCAGGAAUUGGAGCUCUUGCAUAAAGCAAAAGCUGAAGAAUGGAAACAGGAACGGGAGGAUUUGAAUAUAAAAAAUGAGGAGAUGUUAUCAUUGUUACAUAAAGAUCUUGAAAACAAGACACAAUGUGAAAAGCAAGCUUUGCAAAGGCAGUUUGAACUUGAGAAAGCUGAAAUGACUUCGCUUCAAGAUAAGCAGGCUGCUAGAAUUGUAGAAUUGGAAAAGUCUCUAAAAGAGCAGCAGAACAAUGUUCAGCAACUAGCAGAUAGUUUGGCAAAUGCACAGAAGACUUUGUCUCAAUAUGACAGUGAAUUAGCAUCUUCAAAGGCCGUCAUGACUGAAGAGUUAGAAAAAGCCAAACAAGUUUUACAAGAAGAAUACAAUCUUAAACUUAAAAAUGCAGAGAACAGAUCUAUAGAAGAGAGUAAAGCUAUGACUGAAAAAAUCAAAUCAGAGCAUGAAGUCCUUCUUCAGGAGCUGAGAGUCAAACAUGUUGAAGAACUUGAACUCCAGAGUAAAGAACUGCACCAUAAGCAUAAGGAAGAAAUGUUGUCCCUCACCUUGAAGAUGCAGACAAAGCAUCAAGCUGAAAUUGAAGAUCUUAAAUCUGCAUUAGAAGCAAAGCGACAGACUUGGGUAGAAACGUAUGUAGCUAGUUUACAGAAUGAUCAUGAAGCGCAGAUUGCAGAGCUGGAUGCUAAGCAUUUAUCAGAGUUGAAUACCCUUGAAUCAACAUAUCUGUCUGAAAUUCAGCUUCUUCAAGAUGAGCAGAAGCAGGCCCUUGAAAAUUUACGGAUGGAUUUACAAAAACAGUUGAUUCUGAAGGAUAAGGGAAAUCAAAUGCUUCUGGAUCAAGAAUUAGAUGGGAUGAAACAGAAAUAUGCUAGAGACCUGAAGGUGUGCCAAGACAAUCUGAAAAUAGAGUUAGCUACUAUUCACAUAGAAAAACUGAAAACAAUGGCUGAAGAACUGGAAGAAGCUCAUAAAGAAGAUUUGACAAUAGCACUGGAAAACCAGAGAAGAUUGUUGGAAGAUGACUACCAUAAAUCUAUGGACAUACUGCAAAAAGAAGUCCUCCAUAUCAAGGAACAGCAUAGAAAUACAAUAGAGGAACUUGACAGUCUCCAUAAACUGGAAGUUAAGAAAGAGAAAGAAAAAUGGCAGCAGCUCCAGAAAGAUAUGGAAGAAUUAAACUCAAUCAGACAACAGCUGGAAGAAAAAAACCUGUGCCUAAGCAAAGAGAUCAAAGAUGCUAGUACUGAAUUGCAAAAUCUUAGAAAGCAACAGAACAGAGAGAACCAGGAAGGGGAGACUCUGAUAGCUUUGUUGAAAUCAGAUAUUGAACUUUACAAGACUGAAAGGGAAAAGCUUCAAGAAUCUCAUCAACAAGCUUUGAAAUUGCUUCUGAAAAUGAUGAAAUCUACAAAAGAUGCAGAAGAUCUGAUCUGCAAGAAGAUUGGUCUUUGUCUUGACGACAGCUUUGCAUCGGGAGAUUCAGAAGAGAGUCAGAAUAUGAGUGAAGAAAUAAUUAUCACAAAAAAGAUGAAACCUAUGGAGAAAUGGAGUACAAAGAAUAAUAUUAGAGGUGGUCAAGGGGAAGGUCUUGCUCUAACUCUUCUAGAAGAUAGCCAUGACUCCUUGAAGCCCGGUGAAUUAUCUGAACUCAGUGAGCAUCUAUGUGAAAGUAUUUUCAAAAACCCAGAUUUGGUGUUUGCAAAUGAAGAGCGAGUUCAUCAAAUAUGCCAUUGUUUGCACAUUGCUGUGGAAAAGUUACUGGACCUUGUUGCUGAGUCAACCAAACAACUGGAAGAAAUGCAUAACAUCCAUCUUCAUGUGGAAGAGGAAUUCAUACGCAGAAACUUGGAAGCUUGUCAGGUUGCCAAUGAACACCAGGAGCUAGUGGGCUGCCUCAAUGAAGAGAGUAAUGUAAAACAUCAGCUUAUGCUGGAACUUCAUAAAACAAAAGGCCUUAUGGAUGGUUAUUUAGCAGAGAGACAUGCCUUGCAAGAAGCCCUGAAGCUGAAAGAGGAAUCUGAAUGCCGUCUAGUGCUAGAAUUGGAAAGUUUGAAAUCGCAGAUCCAAGAGUUAAAACAGAAAGUUGAAAAACCUGCAGAAGAUCAGAAGUUCACAAUAAGAGAAAACAAAGUUUUGACUGAUGGUGUAGGGGAGCGAGAAGUUGAUUUAAUACAGGAAAUUGAACACCUGGCAAAAGCAAAAUUAGAAAUGCAGUGUCAAGCAGAAAAGGACUGUUCUACUUUGAAUGCUCAGAUAAAAAUGUUGGAAAUGGAACUUGAAGAACAAAUAAGCAAAAAUCAGAAUUUAACUGUGAUGUCACUGGAGGUUACAGAUCUGAGGCAACAAAUGCAAUCUCUUGAAAGACAGCUCAAAAAUCAGCGUGAUUUUAUGGAUAAACAAGCUGUUGAACGGGAACAUGAACGUGAUGAAUUUCAGGAAGAAAUUCAGAAACUAGAAAUGGAGUUAAAACUAACAGCAAAAUUCCAGGCUUCUGGGCAGUCUAAUUUGGUAGAUACUCUCUAUGGUGAAAUAAAAGAAAAAACAGAAGAUUUCAAUAGACUCUUUUCAGAGAAAGAGCAGAUCCAGAAAGAUCUUGUUGCUCAAAAGGAUCAAAUAAAAAAACUAGAAGCACAGAUUAGGGAACUGGAACUCAAAAAUAAGGAAGAGACAAAUCAUGCCAACCAACUCACACAAGAACUGCAAAAAAUGAAAAAAAUGGAAGCAGAAUUGAAACAAGAUAAAGAAGCCUUACAGCAGCAAAAUCACAAUAAUUUGAUUCAGAUUUCUGCUCUGCAUUCCAAACUGGAUGAAGUAAAACACAAAUUGUUUACAGAAUGGAACUCAGAUCAUAUACUAAAUGAACAAUUAAAAGUCCAAGAAGAACUUUUAGUAAGAAAAAGAGAAAUUACAAGUUUGUUAGAACAACUUGAACAAUAUAAAGUGAAUUUAUUGAAUAAAAAUGAAGAAGUCUUACAGCUGAGUUCAAAGUUGGAAAUGGAAAGGAAUGCUAAUUGCACUCAAAUAAUCCAAGUCAAAGAAGAAAAUGCACACUUGAAAGAAAACAUUGCAAAACUUUUAAAAAGUCAAAAUCCAGUUGGCAGUGAAUUUGUUGUCCUGCAGUUCUUGAAGUCUCUGCUUGAAGAAAAGAAUCAAGAAACUGAUCAUUUGAAUGAACAAAUUAUGAGGCUGCAGUGUGAAAUAAAAAAGAGCAAGGAGAAUGAGAUCCUGGAAAGCCAAGCACUUGAAAUUCAGAAUUUGAAGUCAAUUGUAGAAUGUCUUCACAAUGACAAGGAACAAUUGCUAAAGGAUAAAACAGAAGAAACAGAGCAGCUGAGGGAAAUAAUUGAGACACUACAAAAGGAAUUAGAAGUUCUUAUACCCACGUGUCAAGAGGCUAAUAACAGCCAAAACAGUAUUAAUAACUUUGCAGUAGUGGAGCAAAACGAUAUUAAAAAUAAAAUGAAAGAAGGCUCACUAAGUCAUCAAGUGAACAGGGGCGAAGAUGUCCACUGUAUACCAUUCAGUUAUAACCAAAACCAGCUACAAGGUCAACUAGAAGCAGUUUUAGCUGACAGAGAAGCUUUACAGCAGUUGCUUGAAGAAAAGAAAUCUCAGUUUAAAGCAGAAACUGAAAUCCUCAAACAAAAUCUUCAAGAAGUUCUGGAGUCUUCUAGACAACACUUUACCAGACUAACAGCUUUGCAGCUACAACAUGAAGAACUGGAUGAAGAGCACAAGCUCCUACAGGUGUCAUUAACACAAAAAGAUGUGGAAAUGACUAAGGUUACCAUUUGUAUUCAGGAACUUGAAGAUAAGCUGAGAGCGAAAGAGACAGACCUGUUACAGAAAGGGCUACAGCUUCAAAGUAUGUUACAACAGAAUUCAGAGCAGGCAGUUGAAGCACAGCAGAUGAAAGCAAAAGUUGUGCAGCUUGAAAAUGAGCAGCAUGCCUUGCUCCAAGCCCUGCAUGACAAAGAGGAUGCUUACCAGAGAGAGGUAGGAAAACUUCACGCUGUUCUUGCAGAACUCAAGCCUCCAAUUGACAAAAAGAGGGAAGAACUGGAAAUACUGAGAACUGAAAGAGAUCAUUUUAACCCACAGUUGAAAACCAGUAUGGAGAAGGAUCAAAAUAAUGAUAACAUUAUAGUUCAUCUUAAUGAGCUGGCUCCAGACUUUGGCCGUUUUGUCUCUCACAAAGAAGUAAGAAAAGAGGAAGACAGAGAACCAAAUGAAAAGCUGUCUGCAUCACCUAAAUUCUCUUGUAGAGACAAUUCGGAGAAAGAGAUUGCUGCAAGCAAUUUGAAUGCAUUCAAUCAAUAUCUUAACCAACAAGAUAAACAUCUACAGAGUGUGUUUUGUGUUGAGGAAGGCAAAAUAAUAAAUGAUGACAAAGAGGAGCAAGAUCCACACUCAACUUUUCAGCAGAGGUCUCAACUUAGUGAUCUUUCCAAAAAUACACAACUCAUGCAGAAGAUACCAAAUAACUUCCAAAGUAUGGUCAUGGAUGAAACUUCAUGGGACUCACCUGAGAUUUUAAGAAAGGAAAAUAGCUUGGAGCUCCAUCCAGGUCCCUUCUCAGAUCUUGACAGUAGCACCCUAGGCUCUGAGGGCCUUUGCUCAGAGAAUUCGGUCAUCCAGGGAAUUACCCAAGGAGGGCUGGAAUGGCCUGUUUCCUAUUCUUAUGGCAAUGAAGAAAUAGGAAAUAAUCUUUUACUCCGGACUAUAACGUUUCCAGAAUCUACUUUCUCCAUUACCGAAUAUGAUGAUAUUCAAGAAAAUAUUUCUGUAAGCAAUGCUGAAGGUUUCAAUCUGAUGCCACCUGACUUGCAAGAUGAUCUAAGAAUUACCAUGUCCAGACUUGAAGAUGCAAGCACUGAAUAUCUCAGCAACACUUGUUCAGAUUUAGUGCUUCAACUUAAUCAGGAAGAAAGCAAAACUAGAGUCCAGCAAGACAGCAGUGUCAUGACUUAUCUGCAAUGUUUUGGAAUUGUUCCAGACAUCACUGAGCCAGCAAUAAAAGAAAAAGACAUUUUUUCGCAACAGUUGAAGAAUGUGCUCAAAAUGGUGUAUGAAGAAAGUUACAAAAUACUGGUGUUGUCAGAAAAAUCUAGACCUGGUUAUGACAAAGAUCAUAUUCAAAAGGCUCCAUCAGUGGAAAGAUGGCAAAGAGAGAGACUAGGUUUGCUUGAUACCGUAGAAUCACUCAAGGAUUAUUUGAGCAAAGUACCAGAUAAAGAAAACAAGGAAAAUGCAUCAUCUUUUUUUGAUUGGAGGGGAGAAUUACUUCAAGCAAUCCAGUGUGUUUUGGAAAAGGAACGACUCAUGUUUCAGAGCUAUCUGCAAUCACAUUUCCACAAUCCUGGUUCUGGAAAUGAAGGAACAUUAGUGGAAAAACUGGAACGUAUAAUGGAACAACAAGAACAGCAGCAAAAAGCAGUUCUGGAGCAUCUUCUGUCUUCAGACAGGAACAGCUUGCUUACUGAAAUACAGGACCUUGAGGCUCAGUUGCGACUUAUGCAUCUUCAAAGUCAGGAGAAGCUGCAGCAACUCCAAGAAAUGCUUAUUAAUACAGAAAACCACGGGAGUAACCAAGAACAUCAGCUUCGAAGACAAGUUGAAUUACUAGAAUAUAAACUCCAGCAGGAGAAAUCCAUUGCAAGUGACUUACAAGCUUCUCUAAAAAGUGAGCAAGAGAAGGCUUCUGAGAUACAUACACUACUGAAACAACAGCACACAGCAAUUUUUGACUUGAAGUCAGAUCUCUGCGAAAGCAAACAAGCAAAUGAGAAACUACAAAAAUCAUUGCAAGAACUUCAAAAGGAAGUGGUUAAAUACAGUUCUGAUCUUGAAAGUAAGGAGAACACCAUAACAGCUAUACUUCAAGACUUGCAGAAUGAAAAACUUAAAGAAAAAGAACUGCAGAAUAUGUUGGAUGAUCAUCAGCAGCAAAAUACGUUAAGAGAAGAUGAGAAGUCAAAAGCAAUUGAGGAGUUGCAAGCUGCCUUGGAACUACAGUGCAUUCAGAACAACCAGUUAUCUGUGGCCUUAGAGCAUGAACAGUCUGCAAAUAGUAAUCUCCGCAAAGAACUUCAAAUUGAGCAUUCUCGCUGUGAAGCUUUACUGUCCCAAGAGCAGAAUAAACUGUUAGAACUGCAGAAGACUAUAGAGGUGGAGAAGAACCGCAACUUAGAACUUUUAGGCGCUUUGAACCAUGAACGCCUUUUGACCGAACAACUGAGCAUGAAAAUAAAUGAAUGUGGGUCUUGCAAGCAUAAAGGUUCAUUGCGGGAACUGCAAGCCCAGCUGUCUUUAGAAAGGUCCCAUACUAGAGAACUUUUAAGUGUAAUUGAAAAGACACGACAGCAUCUUGAUUCUAAAAAAGAAAUGGAUAACAGCAUGCAAAUGUACCAUGAAGAACCUGAAAAAGAACAAGACCUCCGACCACUGAGAAGUCCCGAGAACAGGACAGAACAAGCAGUAAGAAGUCGAAGCCAAGAAAUACGAACAGAAUGUUACAAAGUAAAAGAACUGCAGAAAGCUCAAGAAAACCAGCAUGAAUUUGAUGUGCACCAAUGCCAAAAUGUUGGAAGAAUCAAAGAAUUGCAACAGAUGCUCAAAGACUUGAAAAAACAGGGGCAACACUUUAAUUGUCACAAAAAUCAACAUAAACCCGCUGCUUCUCCUUUAGACAAUAAUUACCCAGCUGAUUCCAUAAUGCUGUAUGUGGAACAACAGAAAUUAGAGAACAUCAGAGAGCAGUUGCUUUGUGCUGCUACUUAUCUUUCUGAGUUCCUAUCUAAAACUAUAGAUAAAACUGUUAACUGGCCUGCCUCAAACAAUGAAGCGGUUGCUGCAUUGUUACAUAUCCUUGAACUGAAAGCGGAAUUAUUGGCUUCUUCUAAACCUAUGGUCAUCUCUACAUGUGUUACAAACUUGAUAAAAGAAUCAGAGGAGCUAGCUUGUCAGGAGGGUAAACAUGUUUUCCAGAAGGUUUUGAAAUCAACAGAUUACGAAGCAAAAACUCCAAAUUUUGUGAUGGAAACCAAGUCAACCAUAGUAUCAUCCAAUCUGAAGAUGCAGAAGCUAUAUAAGAAGUAUCUGAGAGCUGAGAGUUUUCGGAAAGCUCUGGUUUAUCAAAAAAAAUACCUUCUGCUGCUCUUGGGUGGAUUCCAAGAAUGCGAGCAAGCAACACUGUCUUUGAUCGCUCGUAUGGGCAUUUAUCCUUCCCUUCCUGAUAUAAAUGCUUCAGAAUCACGCAGUCGCUUAUUCAUCAAGUUCAGAUCUACAGUCAGAGUAGCCAUUGCAAUAUCAAGAUUAAAGUUUCUGGUGAAAAAAUGGCAUAAAGUAAGCAGGAAAGACCAGCCAUCCACAGCCAUUUCUCCUAGUACUGGAUACAACUCAUAUCAUCAAGUGAGACCAGAGGCAAUAAAGCUACAACAGCCUUUCUCAGGUGAUGCAACUCAAGAAGAUGGAUAUGACAGCAGAAAGAACCUCGUGAGACUUACAAACUCUUCACCUAAAUCACCACAACACCUACAUGACAGGUUCAGUACUUCUCAAGCUUCAUCUAAAGAUCCUGAUAAGUCAUUGACUGAAUACAUUGCUCAUCUGGAGGUCAUUCAACAGAGGCUAGGAAUUCUUAUGCCAGGGCAGUCUCCACAAAAAGAAGCACUUUAGAUGGGCUGAGAGCAGCUUCCAUCCCCACUUGAUUCUCCAACGAACGCCUUCAACAGACCCCGUGCCUGCAUGGACAGCAUCGCUAGACACCAGUGUUCAGUUGAAUAAUAAAAGAGUCAGUGUACAUGAUAGUUUGAGCAUCAGAUAUUUAUGUAGAACGGUUUGCAUAUUUUAGUAUGAUUGUAGUUUUAGCUUUUCCAUGUGAAAAUAAUUGAUCAGAGUUUUAUAUUUGAAUUACCAGGAAGCAUAACUUUUUGACAGGUCUGCAUAAAUGUAUUAUUCAUGUUAAGUGCCAUCAUGCCUCCGUCAGUGUUUCUUCUUGGAUUUCAAAAAUAAUUAUUAAAUGCAUACGGCAUUUACAUU